AUGGCCAUCCCGACACCACCACGCAGCGUCUCGGACGCCACGCGCUUCACCUCGACGACACCCCACGCCUGGAGCGCUGCUGCCGCCGCGUCGGUCCGCCGCGCCACGUCCUCACAAGCCGCCUUCGCUUCCUCUUCCUCCUCGACCUCCUCUUCCAACACCUCCCGCUUCCAGAGCCCCGCCAGCAGCCGGCCACCCGCGGCAGCACAAUCCAAAGCUGCACGGCGAGGCGCCACACCGGCGCCGGGUGGCCCGCGGGGCCCGCGGGGCCCGUCCCCUGCCGGUGGUGCCGCGGCGCCUGUUGCUGGCGAGACCCCCGAGCAGAAAGUCGCCCGUCUCCGCGCCGCACACCAGGCGGCCAAGAAUGCAAAAGUUUCGCAGCUCGACCGCGUCAUUGGCGGCACGCGCCGUGUCUUUGACAACGCCCACCGCUUUACCAUUGUCGGCCUGAUUGGCUUUACCGCCAUCGCCGGCUUGUUGACGGCGUACACGACCGUCGACAUGCUGCGAUUCAACAGCCGCCGCAAGAAGGAGUUCCAGGCCGCCCAGCAGCAGAUGGACGCCGACAGUCUGGCGGCCGCCCGCCUCGCGUUUAUGCGCGGCGACGCCACGCCAGCACAGGCCGCCAUGGUCGAGGCAGCGCACGAGCACGAACAGGCGGUGCGGAGCAGCGCGGACGGCGGUGCUGCUGCUGCUGCCGAUGCCAGCCGUGGCGAAGCGCCCAUUUUCAAGGUGCCGAGCCUGCUCGGUGCGCCUGCGCCGGUGGCCGCACCGGUGGCCGCACCGGAACAGGAGGCGGCGGCCACGACGUCGACAGAUGCGUCGUCCUGGGGCGGUGGCAUCCGCUCGUGGUUCUCGUCGACGCCGCGUGCCAAGGAAGAGGACGAUGCGAGCAAGGCCGCCGGCGCGCCGCCGAAAGAGAGGGACACGGGCCGGGCGCUGGAGGAGAAGCAAAAGGCGGCCGCCGCCGCGUACCAGGCGAUUACCGACCGGGCACGGCAGGCACUGGACAGUGAGCGCGCCAACCAGCGGGACGGUGGCCCGCUGGACCGACUGGGACUGGACGACAAGAGCCACGGCACGGCGAUCCCGGGUAACCCGGCUGCCACUCCCGCUGCCAAGAAGAGCUGGUGGCAGGUGUGGUAG